AUGGAGCGAUACCAUCAGCAGUCACUGCCGCGUGAAGAUCCGGACAGUGGUCGAGCGCCUUUGAUGGCGUAUUAUUCACCGUAUGCAGAAUUCGAGUUCCCGGAGCCAUUCACACCACUGCCUGGACACUUAGGCUCCUUUGCUCAACACCCCGUCUCUGUUGACCGCAUCCCAUUUCGCAACGAGACCAGCAACAAUCUCGACCCUACGCAGCACACACAGCAGCUGGCCGACCACUUCUCGUACAACAGCCCCUACUUCGACCUCUCACCAGACACAUACCCAACCGAUUUCGACGUCAAUACCAACGGAGCACCCUAUUUCGGGUUUCCACCCACCGACCAGCCGCUUACAUCAACGUAUCGCGCAGUGCCGGACGAUUGGCGCACUCCCUACCACACUUCAUCAAACCCUCUCCCACCCAUCGUAGGUGCAGAGACGCCGCAAGUGCUUAUGAGACAAGCUUCUGCCAACAUGGCAAACACCACCACAAACGGCUUGCAGCACAAAGCCACUCCAAACAAUGCACCUAUGCCGGAUGACCACAGCGACAACGAGGAAGGCCCUUCUCUCCACAGCAGUACUGUCGGUGGUCAGCAUGCCGCCGCUUCUACCAACUCUUUCCCAGCCACUGCGGCGUCGACUACUACCAAGCGCGUCAAGCUUGGGCCAGUGAGUUCUCGCGCCCAGCCGUCGAAGCCGUCCAAGUCGGGUCGCUUAAACAACUCGAGGAUGACGGGGAUGUCCAGCAAAUUGUCCAAGCCCACCAUGCCCGCGCACGUCGUUGACGAGGAUAGCAGUGAAGCUGGUGAGAAGACCGAGGCCGAGAGUGAAGAGGAUCCUGAGGACGACGAUGGCGAGGAUGAUGAGGAUGGUGAGAACGAAGAUGACGACGGCUUUGUCUGGAUCUUCAACUCGAUCACAGAGGCCAAGGUCAAGCAGUUCGAUCGCGCGCCGCUCAAGCGCAACCUCGCAGGCACAGAUGAUGUACACCAGUACGUCAACGACAACCGCAUGCAGAAGAAUCUUGUGAAGAACUUCGUCGCUGCUUUGGGGGGCGGUUACCUGAAGACUCCAGUCGGCGGCGAGCAGUUCCCCAAAGGCGAGCGCAUUGCAGAGUGGAAACGCUACCAGACGAUUCACUACGACGUUGUCCAAGCGGCUCUCGCGAAGUCGACUGGUGCGGAGCAAGCACAGAAAUGUGCAUGGCUAUUUGUGGAUGCGCUGCUCGAGGCUCAUCAACAUGGCAUCCGCAAGACCAAGAACUCGGGCACCGAAAGUUCACUCAUCUUCUCCGUUCGCGCCAAUCUCUGCAUCCAGGUGCUUACCGAGAUUCCAAUGUUGAGAGAGAAUUGCCUCAAGGGCGUCGAUAUUCACGCUAUUGUGUCAAGUCCAGAAGGUGCGAAGAAGCUCAAAAUUCAGAACUUGUGGGUUAACUAUGGGAAGAAGAUGGGCAAAGCCACGGGUGGUGGAAAGAGUGGUGGCAAGCGUAGUCGCAGCAAGCGUGCCAAGAAGGCGACUGGCAGUGCCGAAGUUGGCGGCGAUGAAGAGCAGGACGGUAGCGAGGAGCAAGACGGCGGCGAGCAGCAGGGUAAAGAUGAGGGGCCCGUGGAGGAGGGCAAUGAAGCUGGUGGCGCGGAUGGAGUUGUCGGCGAUGGCUCUGGCAACGACGACAACGGGGUUGAUGACGAGGUCGGCGAGAAUGGUCAGGGUGGAGUUGCAGUCCAGCCUGACAAGAGCGCAAUCACAGGCCAGAAGCGCAAGAGACCUUCCCGCUAA